GUUGACAAGUCGUCGGUCAACUCGCUGAAGUUCAACGGGAAGUCCCUGCACUUCGCUGCGUGGAAGAGCAAGUUGAUCUUCCACCUCAGGGCGCUGAGUGAGCAACGUGCGCUCGAGGAGCUGCAGCACAAGCGUGCAAAGCCGCUGACGCGCUUCGAGGAUCUGCUCGAGAGCCAGCCGGAGCUGCCGCCACGCCCGCCCGCGGCGGACAAAGAGGCGACAUGGCAGCACGAUUUGCACGAGACGCUGCUGAAUCAGCAGUCGUCGUUCAUCAAGCGGCUGCUGUGUGAAACGCUGCCGGGCGGUUUCAAGGGAAUCGCGACCAAGCAAAUGGACGAGCCGAUGGUGAACGCCGACUUCAAGAGCGUUGGUCAGCUCUUACAAGACCUCAACAACGUGCGCAGCCAGGACAACGUGAACGCGCACGAGGCUCUGCACACGCACAUGAUCACGUCGAUGAUGAUGCUGGUCAUGGUGCUCGGUGUGCUUCCGAGGCACAUGUGGGGCUCCUCCGUCAAGUUCACGGAGGAGAGCUUCACGCUGGAGAAGGUGAGCGAGAAGCUUGCCAACAUCUUUGGCAACAAGACCAAGAGCGAAAUUAUGGCGCUGGCUAGCGGCAGGGUGGUCAACCACGUCAAGUCGACCCCAGCCAAGACGGCUACAACAAAUCCGAUGGGAUCCGUUCUGGGCAAGCGAAAGACCGCAGACGGUCCGAUCAACGAC